AUGGCGUACAAACUACCACCAAUAACAGACACUGGCGGAGGUCAAACAUACGAGGUCGUAGAGCAGGACUACAAUGCGAUUCACGUGGAAAGUCCUCGUCGUAAACAAGUGACCGUUGACUCCAAUGUUCUCAGUCCACGUAUCAACAACUUAGAGAGUAAGGUCUCCCAGGCAUUGAUGACACAAAAUCAAGUUCUGUCACAGCAGCAACAAGUAGCAGACGCUCUCAAUCAACAGCAAGCGAUGACAAAAAAUUUGAUUGAGAAAGCUUUUAAAAAUCGUGAUGAUUUCAUAGAUAGUCUCGCCCGAGCCAAAGAUGACAGAAUUGAGGCGAAUACCCGAUAUCUUUUACAGAACCAUCUACGCUACAUUACCACCAUUGUUCAAAGGUUGAGCCAGGAUAUUGCUGAGCAAGAGGAACAACUUCGACUGCGUGACACAGCAGUGGUUGGAACCAACAAAGCUGUAGGGAAGAUAGAGGUUCACAAUGUUACAAGUCUACAAGAUCUUCGUAGCAGAAUUGUCCGAUGUGAUGCCAGUCUCAUCCGACAUUCUUCAGACAUCAGAAACUGCUUCAAUGACAUCAAUGUUGUGUCAAAGGAACAACAGUACCUUAAGGAGAAUCUUACCGAUAAAAUACAUCGACUGGAAGCAGAGAUGCUGACAAUUACAGCAGAGUUGGAAAGAAUGACAGGACAGCAGAUGUCAGAAAUAGGUCAUGUUAAGAAAAAUGCAAAUAGAGAAAUUGCCAUACUGGAUGAAAAGAACCAUACUGCUGUUUUGGAAGUACGAAAUGCAAUGGCAUCCCAAAAAAUGACAAUGGACUCCCAGCAACACAAUAUGGAGCUCAAAUUCACAGCAAUGAUGAACAAAGCCACAGAGGAAUGGAACUCUGUUCUGAAUCGUUUGGAGAGAACAAUGGGUGAUACAGCCAACACAUUCAGUAGCCGACUUCAUCACCUGGAGGAAGUUGUGAUGGCUGACAGGGAGAUUUUACGAGACCUACAGGCGCAUGUAGAAAAGCGAAUGGUGCACAGAUUAGAAGUUCAUAGCCGUCACCACCAGGAGGAGCUGGCAAAAUCUAAACGUGAAUUCCGUGAAGGCUUCACUUCUGUCCAUGAUAGCAUAUCAAAUGCCAAAACAGUUCUCGAAGGGAAACAAAAACUGCUGGAGGACAAAUUAAGAAAAGAAAUCUCACAACUUAGACAACUGGUUGUGUUGGUUUAG